ACUGCGCGCCAGUAUGCCCAUUGCAUUGUGACAUCGGCAGCGUCAGUCAAGUGAGAUAUAUUUUCAAAGUUUCAUAUUAUGAUAGCAGUUGUAUUUUUCCCCCUCUGUUAGUGUUUGUUGGCAGUCCUGUUUAUAUUAUUUUAGCCCUUCAGCAGCACUGUUUGUUUAUUUUACCCGGCGCAGAUGAACUCUUUCGCUUUCUUUUUGACUGUCUGUAUUGUAGUUUCUGUUUUCAUUUUAAAAGAGAGCGCAUAAACAGGAAAGUCAUCAUUCGGAAGAGGGGGUUUACUUGAAAGAACUCAUAAUGAACGCGGAUAAGGAACAGCCCCCUACGUCAAAUAUUAUGGACUCGUCCAACUUUUCUCAGGUCAUUUUCAACAAUGUGGACAAGGCUUACCUUUCCGGUCAGUCGGUCAAAUGCGAGUAUACCAUCACGUCCCUUCUAAUACCCAACAGAAAGGACUGGGUCGGGAUUUUCAAGGUUGGCUGGAGCACCACCAGAGAUUACUACACCUUCCUGUGGGCUCCUCCUCCCAGCGACUACCAGGAGCAGACACAGGUAGAGCAGCACCUGGUCUUCCAGGCGUACUACCUGCCCAAGGAGGACGGUGAAUUCUAUCAGUUCUGCUAUGUGGACAGCUGCGGGCUUGUCAGAGGGGCCAGCACCCCCUUCCGAUUCCAGGGGACCCCCGAGUCCAGCCUGGAGGCAGACCUGCUCGUGGUCACCACUCAGGAGCAAGUGGAGGUGAUUGAGAAGGAGACAGAGGAACUGAGAAGAGAGAACAGCCAGCAGAGCGAGACCAUCGCUAUCCUGAAGAGGGAGCUGGACGACAGGCUGCUGGAGCUGAGGAAGACCCGGGAGUCUGUAGAGAAGCUGGGCUCUAAGGUGUCAAAGCUGCAGCAGGAGGGCGAGGAGGAGAGGCAGGCGAGGGAGGCUGUGCUCAUCCAGCUGGGAGAGAUGGAGGCCAGGCUGGCCAGGACAGAGGAGCAGCGUCUGGAGAGCUUCCGAGAGAAAGAGGAGCUGCAGCAGACUCUCACAGCCGUGAGGGACAGGGAGGACAAGUUGGUCGCGAAGGCCAAGCAGUUCAGAGCAGAGAACGAGGAGCUCAAGAAGAGGAACAGCAAGGCUGAGGAUGAGAUCGUCACGCUGAGAGAGAGUCUGACUGAGCUGAAGCAGGGGAAGACACAGGCUGAGUCGGAGCUGAAGAAACUGCAGGACCAGAGACAGCUGCUGCAGUUUGACCUGGGCAAUGCGCAGAGGGAGAAUGUGAAGCUGGCGGAAGAGCUGCGGAAAGCCAGGGGGGCCGCCGAGAGCCUGCCGGGACUGCGCUCGGAGAACCAGGAGCUGAGGAGAGCACUCGAGGAGAAGGGAGAGAAUCCUGAGAUACAGGCGCGGUGCUGUGAGCUGGAGGUGCAGGUGCAGGAAGCGCAGGCGCUGGUGAGAUCAGAGAGGCAGCGGGCGGACCGCGCCCUGCAGGAAGUGACCUCGACGCGGAGCGUUCACGAGAGGGAGUUGGCGGAGCGGCAGAAGAUAGAGGAGGAGCUGCAGCACUGGAAGCACGGGUUCGAGAGCGUGAAGGAACGGCUUGACAAGACAGAGAUUCUGCUGACAGAGAGCAGAGAGCAACAGGAGAGCGACGCCACGAGGUCUCAGAUUCGACAGCUAGAGAUCGAAGACCUGAAGCAGGCCAACGAGGACCUCCACAUGGAGAUGCAGAGGCUCCGCGAGUGGGGGCAGACCCAGCACUCUCCUCCAACCAGCCUGCCCGACACCUCCGCAGUCCCGCUGCAGCACCGUAACCCCUCCACCCCCCUGCCCGCCCCCUCCACCCCGCCCCACACCCCCCCACCCGGCCGCGAGAACCCCUUCUACACCCCUGCAGGUGAACCAGACUCCAUUCCACAGGUGCAGGACUCCCUGAAGGACUGCCCGCUCUGUAGGGAGCAGUUUCCUGAUAUCACUGACGAGGAGCUGGCACAGCACAUUGACAGCCACGUGCAUGUCUGCCCCUUCUGUGGGGACCUGUUUGAGAACCUCACCCAGGAGGAGUUCGAGAGCCACGUCUACGCGCACGACUACUGAUACCAGCUCCACGGCGCCACCCUUGUGGCGUGCAGCAGCAUUGCAUCCGCCCUCUUCCGCGCUUCUUGUAUCUGUAGGUUUUUCGCGGGCGGGUGUUCAAAACCCCGUCUCAGCCAAUCGCAGCGAAGCUUUCUUAAACUCUUUUUAAAACCAACGCAAGGGGGUUAAAUGCAUUGCCAACUUGAACAAAACAUACCUUAAAAACAAUCCUAACGUUAAGAAAAAGGCCGUAUUCUCUCUUAAGGAAUGUUUUGAUGCAAAACCUUCCUCUGCCUGUUUUAAAGAGAGUUGAUUUUAUGUUUUUUUGUUUUGUUUUUCUAAUCACUAUUUAACCUUUGCAACUGUUUAAAAGCAAAUGUCUUACAUUUAAGCCAGGGAGGGAACGUAUGUGUGAUGCUAUAUAAUAAGCACAGGGCAUGGUUAAUGUAGGGUAGUGUGCAGAUCAGAAUGUAAGGUUUUCAAGAGAAUACAGCGGCUGCCUUUUGACCCCCCAACAGCAGCUAAUUGUUUGGAGGGACAUUUAUAAUACAAUAUAAUCUGAACAACUUCUUUAUGUUAACUUCUAUUAUUUCAUUUUUGUAGAGUAUUACAAAAACGAGGAAUACUUUGAAAUUUGGGUUUAGGAAAUCCUUUGUGUGUCUCAGAAGUGUGAACGGAACUGAAUAAGUGAUGGGGUUUAUUUUAAGACAGGUCUAGUGGUGGAGUUUGUGUCCUUUUUCCUUUUUGUCUUUUUAAUUACUGUCUGGUCACGUGAGAGCGGGUAAUGGGAAUUCUCAGUACUGCACAUUAUGGUAUGUAUGCUUGUAAUUGAACUAUGUAAAGCACAGGGAAGCAUUGUAAAGCACAGAGAGGUGUGGUAAAGCAUAGGGAAGCAUUGUAAAGCACAGAGAGGUCUGGUAAAGCAUAGGGAAGCAUUGUAAAGCACAGAGAGGUCUGGUAAAGCAUAGGGAAGCAUUGUAAAGCACAGAGAGGUCUGGUAAAGCAUAGGGAAGCAUUGUAAAGCACAGAGAGGUCUGGUAGAGCAUAGGGAAGCAUUGUAAAGCACAGAGAGGUCUGGUAAAGCAUAGGGAAGCAUUGUGAAGCACAGAGAGGUCUGGUAAAGCAUAGGGAAGCAUUGCAAAGCACAGAGAGGUAUUGGUAGUGUAUUACAAACAUGACAAACCAGGGUAAGCUAUGGUAAAUGCAGCUUUACUGUGGUAUAUUUUUAUAAGAGCACUCGCAACACAGACUCCAACACUGUGACAGCACACUCUGCUGUUUGUUUAUGAUUGACUGUACUCUGUGUGAAACAUGCUGCGCGCAAAAUAAAAUAUAAAUAUCUAUAUAUAAUAUAUCUAUAUAUAUAUAUAUAUAUAUAAUGUACUGUA